UUUCUGUCUCUUUCCCACCUUCCAUCUCCACAUACCUCACAUAAUGUCCCAACUACUCACUAUCGUUUCUCUUUUACUUUCUGCUUCUACCGCUGUCGUUUCGACGCCAUGUGUCGCAUUCGACAUUAACUGGAAUUUGCUUGCUUUUGGCCUCGACGGCAAGGAUUACAACGCAGGCACCCAAGACACAUGGGCUGGCAACAACAACAAAGCUACAGACAUCACGGGUUCUGGGCGACCUUCCUUCGAUGGUGCCAACACCACAUGCUACCUAUCUCAGUACACGAAUGCGAUAUACGUGUUGAACGGAGACUCGCAAAACCCAUCCUCUAUCUACAUCUAUGACGCUACAGCCAACUCUUGGACUACACAGGCCACAACCACCAAUGGAUUUAACCCCGCCGCUUUUGACGCCAUUCUAGACCAUGACACGAACGUUUUCUAUGCCCUUUCUGGCGGUAACCUGUUCUCCUUGGACAUGGGUCUCCUUAAGGCUGCUAACAGCACACCAUUGGCAUGGACCAACGAUAAAGCUGCCCCUUACCCUGCCGACUACGAACCUGUCAUGGCUCUGGCUGAAAACCACGUUCAUUUCCUCGACGUUCCCGGUGUCGCUGCUGGUUCUGCGGACAUUUUCGUCAUCCACUACUCGUACUUCCAACCUCAACCUCAACCCUACCCCCUUACGAACGGAAGCACUCUCCCGGCUACUUAUGGACAGGCUACCUCAUUCUUCCAAAAUACUGGUGUUCAGCAGGAAUUCGCGUUCAUCCCUGAAGACUCUUCGGCUGUCUAUGUGAUCAAUGUUGACUCGAACAACACUCAAGUCCUGGCUGGUCCCACCAUUAAAGACCCCAAGGCCACUUACUUUGCUUCCGUCGACACCUUGGUCCAACUUUCAAGCAACGGCGCAGUCUCAUACCUACCGUACCAACAAGGAAACACUGCCGCAAACACUGCUGCCUCGUGGGCAACUGUUAGUGUCCUGGCCACAGUCGCUCCUCCCUCAUCUCCGUCGAACUCCUCCAAUGGGCCACUGAAUGGAACCAGUGGAGGUUCGAGUGGAAACAGUUCUAGCACUGGUUCUGGAUCGAGCGGUAAAUCCAGCGAUGCGCCGUCGAGUAGGGUUAUUCAUGCCAGCGUCUUGGCUGCGCUUGCUAUGGGAGCUCUGGCUUUGGUCCUCUGAUAGUACGAUGGCUUGAUUCCCCUUCGUGAUAUUGUAUUGACAUUGGCGUACGCCGUUGCUCUACUGCAUGGACAUUAUACCUCCCACAUUCUAUUUUUUUUUUUUUGGAUUUAUUCAACCCCGGAGUGUGUUACCCCAUAUUCUUUGAGCUGUUGUUUACUUGAUUGUUCACAUUAUCGUUGCUCGCAACGAUAUUUAAUGGCAUAUUCUCUUUAUUC